ACACACAUAACAUACACUCACAUAACAUACACUCACUUAUACACUCAUACACUGGCUGCAUAAAAAAACAUUUGAAGUGCACAUAAUUUGGCGAUCACAGAGCAGAGAUUUUCACUCUCCAUCUCUUUCACUCCUUCUGUGUAUGUGUGUGUGUGGCCAGUUCCAAGGACAAGACCAAACCCGGCCAGGACAGGACAAGAUAGGACCACUAGCAGCAGCAGCAGCAGCAGGCGUAGAAGCUAUAUCUAGUGCCAGGCAACCAAAUGAAAAUAAUAAUAAUAAAAAAGAAAUAGAAGAGUUGUAAAAGGGAAAGAACAAGAACAACUGAAGACCGAAGGAAAAUCAGGAGGAGGGCAGGCUUUGUUGGUUCAAUAACUUGCAGUCAAAAAUCAAACAAGUGACUCCUUGGCAACGAUGCCUAACCAGUUGAGACUAAACAGUGGGGCGAAUGCAUGUUGUGGUGGAGGCGGCGGCGGCGGAGACACUUCCCUGUUUUCUGACUGGACGCAGGCGUGGCGAUAUGCCAGUCUGCAGCCAACACUCGGCCAGAGUUCAGCCACGAUGUACGGACGUCUACCAGGUACUAGCGGCGGGAAUGCCACAGUGGCAGGUGGCGGUGUCCUGAGCGGCAGUGGAACGGGUGGUGCCGGCGGCGCUUGUGGCGGCGUUGGCACAUCGUCAUCCACACACGACAAGCUGAAAAUUGGCUUCUGCACGGAUCUGGACAAAUCGGUUUUGGUCAACAAUUUCGAGAAACGCGGUUGGCAUCAGGUGAAUGGCGACGAUGAUUGGCACUUCUAUUGGGCCGGAGUGCAGACCUGCCGAAAUAUCUUUAGUGUGGACAGUGGCUAUCGGAUGCAUGAUAAUCAAAUGAUUAAUCAUUUUCCAAACCAUUACGAGCUGUCGCGCAAGGAUUUGCUUGUAAAAAAUAUCAAGCGCUAUCGAAAGGAUCUCGAGCGUGAUGGCAAUCCCCUGGCUGAGAAAACCGAAUCAAAUAACUCGAGUGGCACACGAUAUCUUUAUUUAGAUUUCGUGCCUACCACAUUUGUCCUGCCUGCUGAUUACAAUAUGUUUGUGGAGGAGUAUCGCAAAUUUCCGCUAAGCACUUGGAUUAUGAAACCAUGCGGCAAAUCCCAGGGAGCUGGCAUUUUUUUAAUCAAUAAGCUAUCAAAACUAAAAAAGUGGUCACGAGAAGCCAAGGGUCCGUUUCAUCCACAAAUUGCCAAGGAGUCGUAUGUUAUAUCCCGAUAUAUUGACAAUCCAUUGCUUAUUGGGGGCAAAAAAUUCGAUCUUCGGCUGUAUGUGUUGGUCGCCUCGUUCAGACCCCUUAAGGCAUACCUUUUCAAGCAGGGAUUCUGCCGCUUUUGUACGGUGAAGUACGACACGAGUGUCACGGAAUUGGACAACAUGUACGUGCAUCUGACUAAUGUGAGUGUCCAGAAGCAUGGUGGGGAAUACAACACCCUACACGGAGGCAAAUGGUCGGUCCAGAAUCUAGCGCUUUAUUUGGAGGGGACACGUGGCAAGGAUGUUACCGAUCGCCUUUUUGGUGCCAUAUCCUGGCUUAUAGUGCACUCACUGCGAGCGGUCGCACCGGUCAUGGCCAGCGAUAGGCAUUGCUUUGAGUGCUAUGGCUACGACAUUAUAAUCGACAACGCCCUGAAACCCUGGCUGGUGGAGGUCAAUGCCUCACCAUCUCUAACCUCGACGACUGUGAAUGACCGCAUUCUGAAAUACAAGUUAAUCGAUAAUAUCCUAUCGGUUGUUCUUCCCCCAGACGGUGUGCCCGAUGUGCGUUGGAAUAAGGUGCCAUCGGCCGAUGCUUUGGGUAACUUUGAGUUGCUUAUCGAUGAAGAGUUGGCUGCCCAGGAUGAGGCUCAAAAUAGUACCGCAUCUUCACAUCCCAAGGCCACGAAAGUUGGCAGCCGCUGGAAGUGACGAAAGUAGACGGGGGUCAGGAACAACCCCAUAUUGUUAUGUUCCCUAAUGUUGUACCCCGAUAAGUCUUAGGUUUAAAUAGUUAGAUGUUUAAUAAAUAAGAAUAGAACUCGGA